CACGUAACUAAGUAGUUCUAAUGUACAUGCUAGACGUCAACGGUUUAAAUGGCUGCCUAAUCGCUGUUAUACGUGAAAAAAAUUUUUUAUCUCAAGAUACUGGUGCAAAUUGAAGAAAGAUAAUUAGAAUUCAGCAGUGAAGUAAGUUUAAUAAAAAUGCAAAUGCGACUUGUCACAUUUUUGCCACGUCAAUCAAAUCUGGCAGGGAAAUGCUUCCUCUCAAGGCCGCAAUCUGGAGGUGGAGGUUCGAGUGCUCAAAAAGAAGUUGAGGAAAACCCAAAAAGUUUUUUCAACAGAACAGUUGUUUCGUUGGAAUUAAUACACAUUUAAAAGUUAUCGGUUGUUGUUUUCCGUUUCUAAAAUGCAGUUGUCAACUAUUUUAAUUUCUAUUUUUGUUUAUAUAAGCCAUUCUUAUGCCAACCAAAAAUUUCUUCAAAAGAAAGAUAAUCAUGUUCCUAAAGAAUUGAGUGAUGGACAAGUACAAUACUUGGCUGGAUUAUCUGAUAUAAAACAUAUGGACCAAGUUUUAAAUAAUAUUCUAAUUCCAAGAGUAGUAGGAACAUCGGGACAUGAUAAGGUACAAAAUUACAUUGCCAGCCAACUCAGAAAAUGGGGCUGGGAUGUUGAGAUCGACGAAUUUCAAGAAAAUACUCCUAAUUUCGGUAGAUUAACUUUUAAAAACAUUAUAGGCACUUUGAAUCCAAAAGCUGAAAGAUUUUUAGUUAUAGCUUGUCAUUAUGACAGCAAGUAUUUCAGCUCUGAAGAUUUUAUUGGAGCAACCGAUUCAGCAGUGCCUUGUGCAAUGAUGUUGAAUUUAAUUAAAGUGAUGAAGAACGAUUUGGAGCAAAUCAAAACUAAAAGGGAUCUUAGUUUAAAGUUGAUAUUUUUUGAUGGUGAGGAAGCAUUCAAAGAAUGGACCAAAACUGAUUCUUUGUACGGGGCAAGACAUUUGGCCAAAAAAAUGGAUCAGACAAACUUCUAUACUUUGGACAAUGAAAAUAUAAAGAAUAUUCAAAGAAUUGACAUUAUGGUCCUUUUAGAUUUGAUUGGGUUUUCAAGGCCUCAAUUUUAUAGUUUUUUCAAACCAACAGAAAGAUGGUAUAUAAGACUUGUGGAUGCAGAACAGCGUUUAGCACAAAUGGGACUUCUGAACAUUCCCCAAUUAACUUUUAAUAGGAGAUCUUCAAAUUCCUACAUUGAAGAUGAUCAUAUUCCGUUUUUGUUAAGGCGGGUUCCAAUUUUGCAUUUAAUUUCAACACCAUUUCCUACAGAAUGGCAUACUUCUGCAGAUAAUAGGAAUAUUGUGGACUUGCAAGUUACAGAAAACAUCAAUAAGGUUUUGAGAAUUUUUGUCGCCGAGUAUCUACAUCUUUUGGAGGAAGAGCAGUUUGAGGAGAACUUUAAGGCAGAGCUGUGACCUGAUCAACUAUAACAAUUUUAAACAUUUUGUAACUAAAGAACGCUUUUAGUGGUGCUUUUAUUACAUGAUGUUUUUUAAGUGACUUCUACAAUUUAAAUGAGAACUUUGGCGUUUACAAACAGUAUCAGUUAUUUGAUUAUUGCAACUUUUUAAUUACAGUAGUAACAAAAUCACAAAUAAGUUUAACUUGUAUACAAGAGCAGUACAAACGUACUCGUUUUUCUGGUAUAUUCUGCAUUUAAUUGUUAUGAUAAGUUAUUGUAUUUUAUCUUGUUAAUUAUGUUGAUUAAAUUAUUUCCCCUAUA